AUGGAAGGAGAUAUUAGGGAACAGGUGCAGGUGGCGCACGAGGAAGUGACGGCGGCCCUGGGGCCGGGCGUAGUGGCAGAUGGGGCUCAAGCGGGAAGCAGGACACAUCGGGUCCGUCGCUACUGGACAAAUGGGGUGAGCGAGGCGGCGCUGCAGUAUCGACUCUCGCUGAUGGAACGGCCGGCGCCCCUGCUGGAUGUACCAUUCACAACUGCGAUGGGAGAGGAAGCGGGACAAGGCGACAGCUGUGCAACCGCCAACAAAAAGGUCACUUGCAAAGGAGGCGCUGGCGCGGACAAUGUUAGGAGAGAUCCAGGAACAAGACGAGCGGCAACACGAGCGGGGCACCCGCUGGAGAGGAGGUGGGUCUACCCCUGGGAGGAGGAGGAUGAGAGACCGAUGGUGUACGCAGAGCAGGAAGAAAUCUGGCUCCCAGGAGACCGGGAGGAGGAGGCAGUGGACAAGAAGCGGGAGGACUUCAGCUGGUUGGAAGAGGCGAUCGAAAGGCAGCGGAGCAGGGAGAGGUACGAGCGGGAAUUUGGGUUUAGUGACUUCGUGCUCAUGGCAGCUACGAAAGAGGAGGGUCCCAAAGGGGUGGAGGCGCAGGGCGAGCAGACGACUGGGGGCACAGAAGUGGCACAGCAGUCGGCAAGGGGGACAGAAGGAGCGGAGCAGCCGAAGGAGGAGUUGCAGGCAUCUAGGCGAGACAAAGGGGUACAGGAGUGGGUAAUAGGGGAGGGCGUCUCAGCAGCAGACGCAGGCAAGCUGAAAGAGGUGCUCGCCAAGCACCGGGCGGCAUUCGCCUACUCGUUGAAGGAAGUGAGGAGAUGCAACAUGGUGGAAGUCACCCUGGAGCUGACAACAGACAUCCCAGUGUACCAGCGGCGGGGCGUAUGA